AUGGCUACCUCCAGCGAUACUUCUGAACAUAAUGUUAAAUCUAGACGUCCUGCAGAGUCCGCAUUUAAGCAGCAACGUCUACCGGCUUGGCAACCAAUUUUAACAGCCGGGACUGUUUUGCCAACUUUCUUUGUUAUUGGAAUAGCCUUUAUCCCAGUGGGAAUUGGUUUACUUUACUUUUCUGAUGAGGUUAAAGAACAUGUAAUUGAUUAUACAUAUUGUAUGAAAGAAGAUGCUGUCAACGAAACCUGCGCUAAAUUUAUCAAAGACACUAAAAUGUUGGAACCGUGUGUAUGUCAAAUAAAUUUUAAUCUUACUGAAGAUUUUAAGGGAGAUGUCUACUUUUAUUAUGGACUAAGCAACUACUACCAAAACCAUAGAAGAUAUGUCAAAUCUCGAGAUGAUAGCCAACUUCUGGGCCACCUAGCACUGACACCAUCCUCCGACUGUGACCCAUUUUCAUAUGCAGAAGAAGAAGGUAAAAUGAAACCGAUAGCACCUUGUGGAGCCAUAGCAAAUUCUUUAUUUAAUGAUAGUCUACGAGUGUAUUCGCAGGAGAUAAAUAAGAUGGUUGAAGUGCCAGUCUUAAACACGGGUAUAGCAUGGACAUCAGACAAGGACAUCAAGUUCAGAAAUCCAUCAGGAGAUCUUAAAACAGCUUUCGCCAACUUCACAAAGCCAGUUAAUUGGCGGAAACCAGUUUGGAUGUUGGAUCCCAACAACACAGAUAAUAAUGGAUUCCAGAAUGAAGACCUUAUAGUUUGGAUGCGAACCGCGGCCUUACCAACAUUCAGAAAACUCUACCGACGCGUUGAUCAUACUCGGGCUGGCUUUAUUAUUGGACUGGCUAAAGGACCAUAUACGCUGCAAAUUGAUUACAAUUAUCCAGUAACAGAUUUCGAUGGAACAAAAACAUUUAUAAUAUCGACGACCUCGCUCCUCGGUGGCAAGAAUCCUUUCCUUGGGGUCGCGUAUGUUGUGGUCGGCUCUUUGUGUCUCCUGCUGGGAAUUGUUCUGUUGGUUAUUCACGUUCGCUGUUCUAAGAGUACCACGGAGAUGAUCAACGUAAACCCAAGAACACCUUACUCUUAA